CAAAAUCACAGGGCUUGCCUAUGUCUGUCUUUGCCAGAUUUAGCUCUGCAUCAUUGUGCAGUUUCUUGCAUCAUCAUUCUGUAAAUACCAUUAUUCAUAACUUCAUUUUUAUUUGAAAAAACCCACAUACCCUUACAAAGUUCAAUUCUACCGUCAUCUUAUUGUCUUUCUCUCCUCACACUUUUCCAUACAAAUCUCGAACUGAGUUCCCACUUGACCCAACACUUACAAUCUCUCUCACACUAUACCCAGAUCUUAUUUAUCUGUUCUUUCUCUUCCUUGCAAUUUUUAAAUUAUUCUCACUGCUCUAAUCUAACAGGAAUCACAACUCAAUAGAGAUGAAGAACACCCAUUUGCUAAAACUCAUUCUUGGACUAACUUCUGCUACGGUUUUUAUCAGUCUCAUACUUGCCAUCUUACUUUACUUGAAAAGAAAAGCAAGAAAUGGCAGCAAUGACGUAGAAAGGCCUGAAAUCAAGCAUGGGGAUGACAUAGAAACAGAGGACUUGUUGACAUUCCAGGGUGGGGAAGACCUCAUAAUCGGUGACAUUCUUGAUGCACCAGGAGAGGUGAUAGGGAAAUCCAAAUAUGGUACUUUGUACAAGGCCUUGCUGCCCAGAAGCAACUCUGUGAGGCUGCUUAGGUUCUUGAGGCCAACAUGCACCACAAGGGCUAAAGAUUUUGGGGAGGCGAUACAGUUGCUGGCAAGCAUUAGACAUCCUAAUUUGGUCCCUCUUUUGGGAUUCUACGGAGGGCCGAGAGGUGAAAAGCUUCUUGUUCACCCGUUUUUCAGACGUGGCAGCCUGGCUCUGUUCAUCAGAGAUGGAAAUGCUGAGUCUCGCAAAUGGACCAUCAUUUAUAGGAUAUCUGUUGGCAUAGCCAAGGGAUUAGAUCAUCUUCACACAGGACUCCAGAAGACUGUAAUUCAUGGGAAUCUCAAGCUGAAAAACAUUUUGUUAGAUCGAAAUUACCAACCAUACAUAUCAGACUUCGGCCUACAUCUCCUGUUGAAUCCUACUGCUACCCAAGAAAUGCUUGAAGCUUCUGCAGCUGAUGGAUACAAAGCUCCUGAGCUUGUCAAAAUGAAAGAUGCAAGUGAGCAGACUGAUAUAUACAGCCUCGGGAUAAUGUUGCUUCAACUACUUUCAGGGAAGGAACCAAUGAAUGAGAAUCCAAACUCUGGUGAUGAUUUUCAUCUGCCAACUUUCAUGAGAAAUGCAGUCCUCGAUAGGAGAAUUACAGAUUUAUAUCAUCCAGACGUACUUGUUAGCAAUAACAGUGAUAGUGAAAGUCCUGUUACUGAGGAACGUGUGCUCAAAUUCUUUCAGCUUGCUAUGUCAUGUUGUUCCCCUUCGCCUUCGCUUAGACCAAACACUAGGCAGGUCCUCUGUAAGCUUGAAGAAAUUGGAAGAUGAUAAAAUAUCUAUCUAUUUUGUGGGAAGUUGAACUGGGCUCUUGUGUUGGGCCUAAGGUGGUGUUUGAGAGAAAAGGACAUUGGCCUGUGCAGGAGAGCACAAUUGCUUAGUCUCUAGAAGCAAAAAAGUGGAGAUGGUGAUGUAUACGGUUAAAGAGAAGAUUCCAACAAACCCAUGAUUGAUACUGAUUAGGUCACUUCAACCAUGAACCAUCCAACAAGAAUAGAGCAAUUGUGAUUGACAUUGUUGGAUUUUGGAAAUCUUUUAUUGCCAAAAGUAUCAGCAACAAAAGACAGUGGAUCUCAUAUGGUCCCAGUUUUGCCUUGUCAAGGCAUGUAAGGUCUAUUAGAAAGAGUCAAUUAUCAAUAGCGAAAGUUCUCGUGUUUCUUUACGCUGCCUGAGCGAGGUACAUCUAAACAUUUCCAUUUCUUGAAGAUAAAAUUGCAUGAUUCGGCAAGUUAGAUUGCUGUUUUUCUCUGCUAAUGAGACCAAACAGGCAUGUUUCCCAGCAUCCUAUGGCAUCUUCUAUUGACCUUGCAGUGAGGUGAUUGUGAAGGCGUUUCUUUUGUUUUUUGUUUUAUUUUAAUUUUUCUAAUCCAUCAAAAAGUAAGGUGAUUCUGUAGCACAUUAAUUAUUGUAAUUAACACUAAUAAUCAAUGAAAUUGAAAUCCGUGGAGAAAGAAAAUGAAUAA